AUGGGUUCAUUACCACAAGCAACACCUUUCAGGGUCGCCAUCGUCAAAGCCUACGAGAUCGACGAGCCAAAACACAGAGGGAUGUUGCAGUCGUUCCGAGAUAACGUCCUACAACAAGUUCCGGAUGCAAUAAUCGACGCAUAUCGGCCAAUGAAGGAUGACGGCCACCUUCCAGCGCCUGCGGACUACGAUCUCAUCAUUAUCACCGGCGGACUGAGUAACCUGUGCCAGGCGACUUAUGAGCCUUGGGUCGACACCACGCUGGAAUGGAUUCGACAAGUGGUGAGGCAGCAACACGUCACCGAAACCAAGCUUCUCGGCAUCUGCUGGGGUCAUCAGGCAAUUGCGACAGCUCUUUCUGGCAAAGUCGGGAGUUUUGAACAUCCAAGAGUUGGCGUGGAAGUUCUCGCUCUGAACGAUGAUGGUAAAGCAAUUUUUGGCAAGGAUGCGCUGAAAAUCACAAAGUUUCACAAGCGCUUUGUGCAGAAUGUACCCAACGGCUUCAAGCCAUUGGCGCCUGAGAACGAAAUCCUCAUGUCCGACUCUGGACUUGUCUUAUCGCUUCAAGGCCACCCAGAGAUUUACGGCGAGCUUUCCAGGCAACUUUUCGAGAUGAACGUUCCAUAUUACAGAGCUACACUGCCAACCGAGGAUGAUCUUCAACGAUACUACUCUGAGAUGUCCUCGAGUGAGCAGGACGCCAAGCUCAUUUUCCAGAAGGUAACGGAAUGGGCGCAGUCAAGAUUUCCUCAAUAG